CUUUUGCGAACUACGAAAAACCAUCUCAACUACUUUCACAAUAAUGGAUGACGAUUAUUCAGAUGAUGGCUCUGUCGAGUUCUCCGAAGAUUUACUCAACGACCAAGAAUAUGAUCAGCUCUUGGAUACCUUGCCAGUACUUAAGCAAAAAUUAGCCAAGUUUGACAAGGGGAGUCAAAUUAACGAGUUGGUGCUUAAAGAGAGUUUAUAUGAUCAUUACUUUGAGGUUGAAGAGGCUUUAGAGGAUUUGAAAGUGAGCCACAAACUCAAGCGUACGUAUAAGUUUUCAGAUUACCUUUCAAGUAACUUCAAUACAGAAAGCCCAGAUGAGAAGGUGCUAAAUGCCCAAAAGAAAGCAUUUGAUGACUUUAACAAAUUGAACAUCAAAACGUCAAAGAAAGAAGACAAAAUAUCGAAGAUACUCGACCAGAGCCUCAAGGUUGAUAUAAAAUCCGAGUUGGCCACUAAUAAACAGUUCAAAAAACCUCACAAGUCGUUUGUGGUGAUUGGGCACGUUGAUGCGGGUAAGUCGACGUUAAUGGGAAGAAUUCUCCUUGACUUGAACAUCGUUGACUUGAAAACCGUAAACAAAUUGAUCAAAGAGAGUGAAAGUAUUGGCAAGGGAUCAUUUGCGUUGGCUUGGGUUAUGGAUCAAACGGUAGAGGAGAGAUCUAGAGGUGUAACUAUCGAUAUAGUAGCCACCAAUUUUGAAACCGAAACCACCAGGUUCACCGCUAUAGAUGCUCCAGGACACAAAGACUUUGUUCCACAUCUCAUAAAUGGUCUUUGUCAAGCCGAUUUGGCUCUAUUGAUUGUAGAUUCCAUUACUGGUGAAUUUGAAUCAGGAUUCCAAUUGGAAGGCCAGACAAAAGAGCACACUCUACUCGCCAAAAACCUUGGAAUCAAGAAUCUUUGUUGUGUGAUCAACAAGCUCGACAAAGAAGACUGGUCACAACACAGAUAUGAGUUUAUUAAGGACCAAUUAACAGACUAUUUGAUUAAUGAAAUUGGGUUUGAACAGUCUGAUUUGAGCUUUAUACCCGUUUCUGGUUUGAGUGGUAACAAUGUUAUCAAGAGACAAGAUAUUCCAGAGUUCAAGUGGUAUGAAGGACAAACUUUAUCUGCCUACUUAGAAACAAUUGAUGUUCCCAAACCAAGUGUCGAUGAAAUCAUUAAGGAACCUUUUAAUUUGGUAAUCAAUGAUAUCAUUGACAACUCAAACUCUGAAUUCACUGUGGUGGGAAAAAUAUUGUCUGGAGUCAUUCAGAUCAAUGAUAGUGUCAGCUUUCUUCCAAUAAAUGAGAUAUUCAAAGUGAAUAAAAUCAAUAUGGGAGGAAACUUUGUAAAGUUUUCUGUUUCUGGAGAAAUAGUCGAACUUUCAUUCAGUAAAAAACAGUUCAAGGAAAAGACAUUUGAGGAUGUGAUUAUUGGUGAUAUUGUAUCCAAUUCUACUGAUAUUAAACCUGUGAAGUCGUUCACUUGUAGAUUGUCAUUGUUCAACUUACAAAAGCCUUUAUUAGUUGGAACUCCAUUUGUGUUAUUCCGGAACAACUUCAAUAUCCCAGCAAGACUCACAAAGAUCAUUGAAAUUGACAACUCAAAGAAGCGGAAGAAGCACUUGAUUUCUAAGCAAUCGGCUCUAGUCGAAGUGGAAGUCGAAGGAGAAAGAUUAUUACCGUUAACAAUAUUCGAGACAAAUCCUCAUUUGGGCAAAGUUGUUAUCAGAAGAGAAGGAAUUACUAUUGGUGCCGGUACAGUGGUAAAGUUGUGAACUUAACAUAUAUAAACCCAUGAUUAUCGUAUAUAGUCCAUUAUUAACAAAAGUAUUCCCAAAAUAAUGUUGGUAGUUAUUAUUAUAUUUGCACUUUUCUUGUUCCUUGAGGUGGCCUUGGUUAAGUUUUUGUUUCCAGAGGUCAAAUCAAAGUUUAUCUGGUCCUGGUUAUCGAUAAGAUUCAUGAUUUGGCUGGACUGACUUUCUAUCUGGUAUGUGAUUUCUGCUUGCAUAUUCAUGAUGUCCACCAUUGACGUAUGCAAAGUUUCAACCUUUUUAAGCUGAGUAUUCUUCAAGCUAAGUAAAGUUUCAUUUUCCAGUUCGAACUCUUGGAUUUGACCCGGUGACAAUUGGGGUACCUCAUUCUCCCAGGAGAUGGGUCCGUCCAACUCUGUAGCUGGAAUAUCUAGGUCGAGAUCGUCCUCUAAGUUUUGGAAAUUGAGUAAGUUUAACUGUCGCUCUCUCUGAAUACGCUUCUUUUGCAACUUUUGGAAUUGUUUACCCGAAUUAUUCAAGGAUUCACUCAAAAACUUCAACACUUGAUUUCUGUGAUUACUUAGACUCACAAAAUAUAACUGUUUCAUAUCUUCUUCCUCAUCACCAAACAUAUUGGAUAUCCAGUGACCUUUCGGCUUGUGGACUUGGCGUUUUUUUUCGUAGUUUUGAAGGACCUUAAGUUUCUCGUAUAGAGCCUGAAGUUUGAUUUGGAAGUCUUCAUCGAGUUUGUUUUUGUCAUCAAUACUUAGCCCUUUCGUGUCGUUAUCAUCAUUUAUAGCCAAGUAUGGUUGCUUGAUUUGUUCGAGGAAUGAGUUGAGCCCAAUGAUAUACCUGUACAACCCCUUUGAUUCUUUGGUGAACGUAUCAUUUAUGGCAUACUCGUCUUUAUUGAGGCGAUUAAUCUGGAUCGAGUCUCUAAAUUCCUCUUGGACGAUACUUACCACCUGGUUGAAUAAUGGGGUCAAGUCUGCCAUGGUGUUUGUCGUGAAAGUUU